UGAGACAUCAAACUUCAAGGAGUCUCUCCACAGCUACCAGACCCACCCUGAAGAUGACUCCCUCUGUCAGUGUGCUGCUGCUGCUGCUCCUGCUCGGCCUCUCUCAGGCACAUCCUCUCACGGAGGAAGGAAGUGUUCCGGAGGUCCAAAUGGACGAAGACGACACUGUCGACAUCACCACCAGGAUCCUGACCUCCAACAAUGCCACCAAUGAGAUUCUGCUGGAAGGAGACUUGUUGGCUCCCAGAACCAGAAACGCCAUGACGUGCUGGUCCCAGAGCUGUCUGUGGAAGAAAGCCUCCAACGGCCUGGUGAUGAUCCCCUUCACCAUGAGCAGUGAGUUCACCAGCUGGGAAAGGCAGAAGAUCGACUACGCCAUGAAGGCCUUCCACAGCAGCACCUGCCUCCGUUUCGUCCCCCGUCAGAACGAGUACGACUACAUCAGCGUCGAGAACAGAGCCGGAUGUUUCUCCGCUCUGGGCAAAACGGGAGGCAGACAGGUCCUCUCUCUCAACAGACAGGGCUGCCUCUACCACGGCAUCAUCCAGCACGAGAUCAACCACGCUCUGGGCUUCCAGCACGAGCAGACCAGGAGCGACCGCGACUACUACGUCAGGAUCAACUGGGAGAACAUUAACCCGCAGAUGGCCUACAACUUCUACAAGCAGGCUACCAACAACCUCAACACUCCCUACGACUACUCCUCCAUCAUGCACUAUGGGAAAACAGCCUUCUCCAUCCAGCACGGCAGGGACUCCAUCACCCCCAUCCCCAACGCCAACGUGCAGAUCGGCCAGAGGAAGGGCAUGUCCUACUGGGACAUCAUGAGGAUCAACCUGCUCUACGGCUGCUGAUGACAAUACUACUGAUGCCUGAUUGAGAGUUGAGAUAUAUACUAAAUUCAAAGGAAGUCAAUCCUGUGUUCAUCAGCAGGAAUAGAUUUCAGUUCCUGUGACAUCAGUGUUAAGACAAUAGAAUAUAUGUUAAAGUAAAUGAGUAAAUGUCUUAAAUAAAAUUGACUACCAGCAUUUA